UAUUCCCUGAGCAGAAGACCGAGGCAGCAGGAGAGCUGGACGUGCUCAGCACAGACUGGGGCCAUGGGUGAGAAGGGACCCCCCAGUCUGGAGAACAUCCAUCCCAAGGACCUCUUCCCUCAGAAAGAGCUGGUGAAGGAGGUGGAGACCCUGCAGGUGCCGUUUCCAGUGCUUCAGGGGGAAUGGGUGGAGCACCUCGGCCACGCCGAGGGAGCCAUCAUCGCCAUGUCCAACUACAGGCUUCAUAUUAAGUUUAAGGACUCCGUUAUUAAUGUGCCGCUCCGUCUGAUCGAGGGGGUGGACAGCAGGGACAUGUUCCAGCUACACAUCAUCUGCAAGGACUCCAAGGUGGUGAGGUGCCACUUUUCCACAUUAAAGCAGUGCCAGGACUGGCUGAAAAGGUUGAGGCGGGCCACAGCGCCCCCUGCCAGGCUGGAGGACCUGUUCGCCUUCGCCUACCAUGCCUGGUCCCUAGGGGGCAGCGGCGAGGGCAAGGACCAGCAUGCACACCUGUGCAGCCCAGGUGACCAGGUGAGGCAGACACUGGAGACAGAGGGGCUGAGAAUGGGCUUUGACAUGCAGAAUGCUUGGAGAGUGUCCGACAUCAACAGCAACUACAAACUGUGCCCCAGUUACCCGCAGAAGCUGCUGGUCCCCGCGUGGAUCACGGACAGAGAGCUGGAGUGCGUGGCCUCCUUCCGGUCUGGGAAAAGAAUCCCUGUUGUGGUUUACAGGCACCAGCCGAACGGGGCGGUGAUCGCGCGCUGCAGCCAGCCGGAGAUCAGCUGGUGGGGCUGGAGGAAUGCAGAGGACGAGCACCUGGUCACCUCCAUCGCCAAGGCCUGCCUGCUGAACCCCGGAGCCCGGCCUCCCUGCAGCCCCCCCUGCUGGCCAGAGGGGGAAGGCCGCUCUUCCAGCGCUGAUAUCAGGUCCCCCCCGGCCGCCUGCCCCGCCCCUCAGCCCAGCAGCGCCGCCCAGAAGCUGCUGAUCCUGGACGCCCGCUCCUACCCCGCCGCCGUGGCCAACCGUGCCAAGGGGGGCGGGAGCGAGUGCGAAGAGUAUUAUCCUAACUGUGAGGUGAAGUUCAUGGGUAUGGCCAACAUCCACUCCAUCAGAAGCAGCUUCCAGUCACUACGAGCUGUGUGCUGCCACAUUCCAGACCCCAGCAGCUGGCUGUCGGCGCUGGAGGGCACCCGUUGGCUGCAGCACCUGUCCGUCAUGCUGAAGGCAGCCACUCUGGUGUGCUCUGCGGUGGAGAGGGAGGGCCGGCCCGUGCUGGUGCACUGCUCUGACGGCUGGGACCGCACCCCUCAGAUAGUGGGCCUGGCCAAAAUCCUGCUGGACCCCUAUUACAGAACGCUGGAGGGCUUCCAGGUUCUGGUGGAGACGGAGUGGCUGGACUUUGGGCACAAGUUCGGGGACCGCUGCGGGCACCAGGAGAAGGCGGGCGAUGUGAGUGAGCAGUGUCCCGUCUUCCUGCAGUGGCUGGACUGCGUGCACCAGCUCCUCAAGCAGUUUCCCUGCGUCUUCCAGUUCAACGAGGCCUUCCUGGUGCUGCAGCCGGUCUGCCACACCCGGGCUCUGCACCUGUGGACCUCCGUCUACCUGCCCAACUCGGCCCCCCGCGCCGCUUCAGAGGACCCUGUUGGCCCUGACCCCAACCUCAAAAAGCUGUGCCAGGAGGGGUCAAAGUGCAAGGGGGCUGAGAACGGCCCCGCCCUCCAGCGGACGGAGGCCCCGAAGCACCCCGCCUUUCAGUGCUCCUCACCAGAGGGGGGGCCAGAGAGGGAAACUCUGAACACUGACCCCCCUACUUCCCCCUGUUUGGACACACCGUUGCUCACGCCGCAUAACGGACAUCCCGCUAGCGGGACGGAGAGCACGAGUGCCCAGGGCGAGGCCGACCAGGCGGGGAACAGGCAGCGCAGCCAUGCCAGGCCCCUCAGACCCCCAGCCCGGGACCGGAGCCCGGCAGGGGGCAGUGCUGCCGCAGGAAAAGCCCCUGUCCCACCCGGGGCCCCGUCCAUCCCGCCCGGCGGCCAUCGUCAGGCCCCUCCACGCGGCCCUCCGGGAGUCCCCCGACAGCCAGGCCCCGGCCCCGCGGCCUGCCUGGAGGAGGACGGGCUGCGCGUGCUGGCCGACGCGGUGCAGCAGAGGCUGUGGCAGCUGGAGGCUGGGUAUCGGCGGGAGGUGGAGGCGCUGCGGAGGCAGGUCAGGCAGCUGCAGCUGAGGCUGGAGAGCCAGCAGUACUGCUCCCCGCCCUCCGAGCCCGACCUGGACUACGAGGACGACUUUACGUGCCUGCGGGAGUCUGAUGACAGUGAGAAGGAGGGCUCUCUCUCGGACCCCAGCGAGGACUGCACUUCGGAGGACAGCUGGGCCCAGGUGGAGCAGAGGGACACAGAGGUCACCCGCUGGGUGCCAGAUCACAUGGCCUCUCACUGCUUCAGCUGCGACUGCGAGUUCUGGAUCGCCAAGCGACGGCACCACUGCAGGAACUGCGGGAAUGUCUUCUGCAAGGACUGCUGCCACCUGAAGCUGCCCAUCCCGGAGCAGCAGCUGUAUGAGCCCGUGCUGGUGUGCAGCUGCUGCCACGACCUCCUCCUGGACGCCCACAUGCGCCACAUCAGGAGCCAGCAGCUCAAGAAGCCAAUCGCAGCCGCCUCCAGCUGAGAGGCAGGGUCCACGGCCAAUCACAGACCACCCACUGCUCAGACAACGCCGCCCUCUUUCAGCAGGGAGAAAAAGCAAGAGUGUUUGUGUGCGUGUGAGAGAG